ACGAUCGAACUUUUUUUUCUUUCGCAGAACGCUCGUGUAAAUGGUCCCAUGGUCUGUCACGAUGCGGUCGACACUAACGUUGAAUUGUGUCCUCGCGAUGGGCCUCUUUACCUGCAUUGGCGCAAUCACCGUAUCGAUAGACCGUUCCGAUAACAAACCCCCACCAACGCGAUCAUCGAUGAUUGCAAACGGCUGGCGGCCGUUGACGAACGGCUACGAGGAGACGAUCGGAACGAACGUGUCCCCAUCCAGCAACCUCGAGCGGAACGGUCCUCUUCACCCAGUUCUAGGCAAGCUUCAAGAACACAUGGCGGCCUCUGAAAAACUGAAACCUCAACGGAAGGGUAAACCAUCUUCCUAUCACGACUACAAUCCGCCCAGUAUACUAGGCAGCUUCACGGUCCUCGGUCAUGCUGCCGCGAAAGCACGCGGCGAAGCUCAAUCUAACCACAAUCAUCCUAAUAAACAUGUCGCCUCUGAGACGCGGGAGUACACGUUCCUGGUCCCUCCGCCGAAAGACGCGUACCGUUUCGACCUGGACCAACACCGGAAGCCCAUUUUACGAGACAGCUCGACGUACUUGCGACAGCCACAAUUUGGCCCGCCAGUGCAUCAGCCUCCGGAUCCAAUAAAGGCUGCUACGUAUUUUAUUAAAGGAUAUACCUCCACCACGAAUUCUCCGUCACCAUCUGCAUCCACGAAAAAUAGACAUUACGCUGAACCUUACGUCCCUCAGUUGCUGCAACCACCCAGGUAUCAGGUGAAGCCCUUUGAAUCUCUAAAGGUAUCCAACAACGCGAAGCCAUAUUUCCAACCACCUGGUACAGCGCCGGCCAACGAUUUUGGAAAGGAUAAACGACUAUCAGAUUACGAUCACAGACAGAAUCAUGACAAGUAUCCUGGACAGGCUCAUAACGAUCACGUUAUUAACCCAGCUAGUACAGGGAACUUUUUUAGCCAAGUAAACCAUCCUUCUCAUUCUUUCAAGACGUCGUUCGAAAGAGAUCCCGCGUUCCUGGUUCACGAGAGCCACGAAAUUAGUUACAUCACCCCACCUUCUGUCUACAAUCCGUUCAACUUUAGACCUUCGUUGCCUUACGAAACCCUACUUCCUCCUGAUGUGUAUUCAUCUUCUACUCCUGCACCCACUACUCCUCGUUCGCAAGAAUCGAGUAAAUUUCAACAACAAAACAGAGAUGCUGUACAGGAUUACAAGAGACCAAGUCAAAGUACUGCGAGUAAGCAAAUAGAGAGCGGAAUACAAAGUGAACUGCUGCCGACAGCAGGUGUUGGUAAUACCUACUACGUGUCAGAAGCUCAGGAUCUAACUCCACCACCCUCUUCAUGGCCAGUUCCGAAGAACAAGUAUCAAACGUCCGACAUAAAUGAGGUUCUACCUCGAUUGAAUCCUCCGUCAAAGUUCAAUCAAGAGCCUAUAGUGUCUAACCAGAUCCCACAGGCACCAAAGGUAGUGUUUAUCGGCCCUCAAUCUCAGCAGCCACAGUUCCAGACCUCUGUUUUGCCGAUCGAUAUUCGACCAGAAAGCGGGGAGACGGAAUACGAGACUCCAGAAAGUAUUUCACUGAAACAUUUCAACGAACAACAAUAUUUGAUCCAACAACAACUGCUGCAAAGAGAUCGGCAAAGAUUGGCUGAACAGGAGAGGCAACAGCAAUUGGAGAUCGAGAAGCAACAGCAAGAGGAAUUAAAGAAGAGGCAAGAGGAAUUGAGGCAGCUGUUGGAGCAGCAAAAGGAAGAGGAAGAGGCGAGGCUGGCUGUGGAGUCCGCGAGGAAUCAGACGCAGGAAUUGGCCAAAGUCACGGAAGAACAAUCGCCUUACGCGAUCCAGUUGGCAGGAUACGAGAUCCCGAAGGUUACCACGGACCUGACCGCGGUGAUUACCGAGCAGAGCAACCUUGGCGAGCAGCCAAAAGUUCAACAGUCUCAGGUAACCCAGCCCGACUACGUGUUCUCGGAGCGUCCCACUGGCCAGGGCCAACAGUAUCAAGAUCACUCGCAGAAUCAGCAAGAGCAAGUGAAUUAUCGAGAACAGCAAACUGAUAUACGGCCUCACAGACCGCACAAGCCAUCGCGUGAACACUAUAGGCGACGAAAACCGAGUACCGCGUCGUACGAGCCAACGCCAACGGAAGCUCCAAUCCAAGUUCCAGAAACCUCUGCUCCGGUGACGUUGCACGUUGAGGAAGUGCCUAUACAGACGACCACCAGAACCACGCCAGAAACUGUGACUCUGGCGACAGUGAGCACGCAGAAGCCCAGGACUCGAAGACCAGGUUCUCCAAUACGUCGAAGAAGACCAACGACCACUACUCCUGAACCUGUCACUGUACCAGCUGCAGAGGACUACCUGAAGUACGAAAAAGAAGAGGCGAUACAUCACGUAGACGCUACAAAACGAAAACGAAUCAAACCUACGCAGUCUGCUUUUGAAGAUACAGUGGCCGAGAAGAAGGCUAAUAUCAGAAAACGGCCUGGUCAUAGAAACAGGGUGAACCCAGGCGAACCCUUCGAAGCUGAGAUCGUCACAGAGAUCGUUCACACUCCUCUAAACACGUACAAGAGUCCAACUGAAUCCAUUCAACCCUACAACGAAUACACUACUCGUUUCGUGACCAAUCAACCUAAUCAACAAUUCGAUUAUACGUCUCCAAAAUUCGCGACAGUGGAAGAUAGUACACAGACCAUACCGCUAGAAUAUUACACCGAAUCGACAAAGGCAAGACCAGAAGAAGAUCCAAACAACGAAAGUUAUAAACCGCAACAGGGUUUAGAUGUGGCCACGAAUAUUCCCCUAGAGGAUUUGUUUAUCAGAACAGAGGGUAAUUACUUCGAUCGAGCGACGGUGUUACCCACUAGUGCAAGUAUAAGUACAAGCCCGAGCACAAGCCCCAGCGUCACCACGAUCGCCUCAACGACGACAUCCACGGUGCAAUUGAGCACGCAAGCGCCACCCUUAAGCUCUUCUACGAGCAGAUCCCACAAGAUCCGGCCGAUCAGGUACGGGAACACGACCAGGCCGCGCUUUAGCAUCAAGGACUACAAGAGCCGGAUGGAUUACAAGAGCAGAUUAGCUCAAAUUUCGAGCACGGAGCCGUCUGCGACGCCAGCGCCACACACGAAGCAAAGAGGUUCUAGUCUGAAGAGUCAACAAAGUCAGCAGCAGAACAUAGAAGGAGCAAGGGAGACGACAGGGAGAUACAAGUACGUCUCAAGGGUAAACUAUAGGACAUCUUCGCCGAAUCCUCCAGUGGUGAAAGAUCAAGAGUUGGUGGCUGAAGAUACAGCUUCUUCCACGACCGAAAGAACCAACCGCUUUGUGCCAAAGAGAAGACCGAUCAACGGUAACGUGUACAGAAGCAGAAUCUCAGGAACCACCAGUAGCCCCAAUAGAUCCCAGAAUCAUUACGAGAGCGACUCUCAGUCGAAGCCAAGCACAGCCAGAGCCGAGAACGUGUUUUCUUCAUCGGUUCGACGACGACCAGUGAUGAAAAGCAGACUGUCGGCGCAGAGGGAGAGUUCAACCGUAGCGUACACGGAUAGAAAAGAAACGGAAGCCACUGAAAUGGCCGCGGAAGAAACCAGUUUCUAUUCGUCGAUCACAACCACUGGCACCACCAAAGUGGCCGCUAACGAAAUCCCCGUUGAAAAGGAAGAACCAGCUCCCACGAACGUUCCGACGAGAUCGAACGUGGACGAAGAGGUGAACGAAGCGGAAGAAAGUGAAACUGGACCGAGUUUUCACCCUGAAAAUGAGAAGCCUGUAGGACCGGUUCAUACCAGCACCGACAAAAGUGUGGACGAAAGUCAACUGAAGGAAACUAGUAUCAUCGAGCAACAUUCUACAACGAAAACAGAGGAAACUACGAUACCAAACGACAAUAAAAGCACGGAAGCGACAGCAACGUUCGAAGUUCGAUCGGAAGAGGAAGAAUUGUUUGCGAAAGCGUCGCAAAGUGUGGCGGACCUGACCAGUUCUGCUUCUGCUCUUUACGACAAACCUGGAAUGUUCAAGGCCGUGUCCCCAGAAAGCAGAGUCAUCGCCUCGCACUUCAAAAUCCCCACGGACGAGCCGACCCUCCCCAUCGAGGCCUUCUUCCAGGAAUUGUCGAAGAAGAGCUAAGUGAACACUUUAGAGCUUUUUAUCCUUUCAAGAGAUCUUUUUCGUAAUCGAGAAGGUCGAUGAUGGUAGCUCUUUAGAGUACCAUUUUUAGAGGAACUUUGAGUGUUUUACAGUCUACAGUACGUGAUCGUGGACGUAACAUUUCUUUGUGGAAAUUAAUCCAGGUAUUAAUUUGAGUUAAAAGGCGAUUGAAUGGUGAUUUCGUUAUUUAAGGAAGGUGAUGGUAAGAUUAAUUUAUUUAAGGAAAGAAUGCUGUAUUAAUUAUAGCAAAAGAUGAAAGUCACUUACUUAGACUUUCUAAAUUUCUAGAUUCAUUCUUUUCGUAAAAAACUUUUAUAUAGAUCCAAGGUGUAUCUAAAACAAUUAGCAUGUUUGUAGUUAAUGAGUUUCAUUUCCUCGACGGAGAUUCGUUAUUCAGCAUAAUAAUAUUCGACUCACAUUUUUAUAA